AUGUGUGAACCACUAAGCGUUGGUGUUUACGGUUGCCGUCGUGCCGAGGUCGGGGCAGAGACAACAGUUUUGAUCAUCGGAGCAGGACCAAUUGGUUUAGUUACACUGUUGUCAGCCAAGGCUUUUGGAGCACCAAGGAUAAUAGUAGCUGAUGUUGAUGAACAUCGUUUGUCUGUUGCUAAAAGUCUUGGUGCUUAUGCUGUUGUCAAAGUUUCUACUAAUAAGGAUGAUGUUGCUUCAGAAGUUGAGAAACUUAAGAAAGCAAUGGGAAAAGACAUUGAUGUUACUCUUGAUUGUGCUGGUUUUGAAAAAACUGUCUCAACUGCUUUUGGUGCUACUCGUAAUGGUGGCAAAGUUUGCUUAAUUGGGAUGGGUCAUUCCAUCAUGACUGUUCCCUUAACCCCUGCUGCCUCAAGGGAGGUAGAUGUAUUGGGAGUUUUCCGGUACAAGAAUACAUGGGAACAAUGCUUGGAGUUUAUUAGUAGCGGAAAGAUUGAUGUGAAGCCACUAAUAAGUAAUAACUCACAGGUUUGGAUUCACACAAGAAGAGGUUGUGGAGGCAUUUGA